AUGCGUCGCCAACUUCCUCCAAGCCAUCUCAAGGUUCCGCCGGGUCCGCAUGCGUUUCCAAGACAACAACAUUUUCUGGGUCAGGAUACAGUUGUUGUGAACCAUUACUCGGGUCUUGAAAAGGCGAUUCCUGCGAUACCGUCUUUACCGGGAUUUAGGACCAGUGCUGCAUUCUUGACGUCGCUGAGCGCAAACCUCAGAAUUGAUCCAGAUCUACCAUCGCCGCUACCCACACCAACCUCGUUCCGAUUGAACAACUUCGUCCAAGAACUUCCCUCCACAUCGCUGUCCUACUCAACGCUGCCUGCACAGUACAACCCGUACCCUUCGCCUGCCGAAUCCCAUACCAUGUCGUCGACCGAACCGAACGCGCCGGCCAAGUCGCCUACGGAUGAACUGCCGCAACUCUCUACCUACACUGCUGAGACAGAGGAGGACCGAAUCGAAGGCUUACGCUUGGUCGCAGAUUCCGUGGCACAACAGCGCCAGGUCGCCAGCAAGGUCAUGCUGUUCCAUCCAGUUUCACUAGCCGCGUACGUUGUAGUUGUGGCUUUUGCUGCGCAGUACAUGCUACGCUGGUACGAGGACAAAACGAUGUUGGCCACAACCAUUGGAGGCAUCACAAUGACUUUCCUCAUCUUCAUUCGAUGGAUGACCGGUGGCUACAUCGGUAUGGCCGAGGAUAUCAACAUGGAUUGGCUGGGCGAUGACAGACUCAUCGUGGUGAAGUGGGGUGAGGACGUCAUCGGAUCCUUGGUAUUGGGUUGGGCCGAUAAUGAUGCCGCGAAGAAGCGAGGCAGGAGAAGGCGAGGCAAGGCCGUUGUACGCGCUUGGACUGUAAAGUUGAAGUACCGCGGCAAGGGCGUUGGUGGGGGCUUGUUGGAGGAGGCUGUCAAGGUGGCAGGAGAGCGCGGCGCAGAUGGCAUUGUCUUUGAUGCCGACCAUGCCAACUCUAAGCGUAUCCUCCCUGCCAUCUUCAACGGUUACCUCAACAAGCAAGACGCAAAGGCCGAGAAGGCUCUACAAAAGGUUGCGGACGCGAAGGGCAACUUCCGCCAGCGUCAGAGCUCGCCCACUUGGGGCAGCAGGUAG